GAGAUGGGUUGAAUAUAAGAGGAAGCAUUUCCAGUGUCUUUUUAUUCAGCUUUGUCCACCGGUUGGCUUCCUUCGCAAAUACGUGCGAGGAGAGUGGGUGAUAGAGCAAGAGAGAAAGCGAGAGAGGAAGGGAGAGGGGAAAAGAGAAGAGUCUCUCUUUGUGAUCAUUGAUGCAUCCAAUCACUUUCUGUGGUGAAGUACAGUGUAUAGAUUCACCUACAGAGGGUCAUUGUGUCGUUUUUUGUUGGCAGAGACUUAAACCAGAAGCUUAGUGCUUGGGAUAAGAGGCCAAGGAACGUAAUGAAGAAGAAAAGCUCGGUGAAUCUGAAGAAGAAAAGUAACUGAUAAAGAGAGGGAGAGAGAGAGAGAGAGAGAGAGAGAGAGAGAUGAGGCAGUGAUUGGAUUGUGAAGUUGCUGAGAGCAAAGAGAUCUCUUUGCUGAGAGUGUGUCUUUUCACAUGCAUAUACAAGGCAUCAGGGUGCUAAUGUUUGCGUUUCCUCUGAGCGGGGAGACACUGGAUGGAAUAGUAUUGGGAGUAUCGGUGGUCGUGCUUCCUUGCAUAGUUUGUUGAUUAACACAAGAAGGAGAGUACGUGGGGUAGAACUUUCCUAGGAGACCGUACUCCACACGAUGCAACUCCUUUAGCGCUGCCUAGAUCAAGUGUAUUGUCAGUAUUUUUGUUGGAAGACGGUUGCAAUUCCCUGAACUGCGUGGAGCUGGGUCAGAGACACUUGUUGGCUUCAUAUUCUGACAGCGUGUCGUGUUUUCCUUCAAAUAUAUCGAGAGAAGAGGAAAAAAUGUUUUGUGGUCACUUCACAGCUUGAGUUCUCAGCGAGGAAACUAGGUUGGAGGGACCCGACCCUUGCGAAGCUCCUCCCAAGAAUUGUCUCUCCAACAAUGACAGUGAUGUCAAGUUCAGAUAGCUUGCAAUCUUGUUUGUGGUGCUAGGAUCUGAACUCAUGCAUAGGAUUUCACAAUAGAUCCUAUGCAUGCAGUGUAGACCUCUGACAGUUUAAAGUGUAGAAAAGAGGAGUACGGUGGAUUACUAUUUGAUAUUGACUAACUUGGAAGGUUUACAUUUGGAACUUUACCACUACCUCAAGUUUUGAUGAACUCCUUUAGUUAUGACCCUCACAUAAAAGUGGCGGGGAAACUUUUUCAUGUAGCAGCUGCCAAGGAAAAAAUCAUGUCGGUUCUAGACACAAAGAGUAACCGUGUGACGCUGAAGAUGGACGUGUCGUACACGGAGCACUCUCACGUUAUUGGCAAAGGGGGCGCCAUCAUCAAGAGGGUAAUGGACGACACCAAGUGCCACAUCCACUUCCCGGACUCUAACAGAGGCAGUCAGCAGGAGAAGAGCAACCAGGUCUCCAUAGCGGGACAGAUUGCUGGCGUGGAGCAAGCACGGGCUAAAAUCAGGGAAUUACUACCACUAGUGCUAAUAUUUGAGCUGCCAAUUACAAUGGGGGCGGUCCCCUCCAUGAACUCCCCCAUCGUGCAAGAAAUAGUACAGACCUACAAGGUUGCUGUCAAUAUGAAACAAAGGGGCCGGGGCUAUUCCACUACAGUGACGGUGAGGGGUGCAGCUAACAACGCCAGAGGGAUGAAGGAAGGGACAACCAGGUUAAUGGAACAUUUGACUGGGGCAGCAGGGGGCGCAUUACCAGUAAGCACACAGAUUGAGAUCUCACCACAGCAUCAUCAAUUCAUGAUGGGACGGGGAGGAUUAAACAUCAAGCAGAUCACUCAGUGUACAGGAGCUAGCAUUCACUUUCCUGAUCCUAAUAGCUCUCAGAAGAAGAGUUCAGUCUUCGUCUCCGGCAGCAUCGACUCUGUGAUCGUAGCCAGGCAUCUGUUGAUGGGAUGCCUUCCGUUGGUGUUGAUGUUUGAUAUGAGGGAGGAGGUAGAGGUUCAUACCACCAAGCUGGCUCAGCUUAUGGAACAGCUAGAUAUCUUCAUCAGUAUCAAACCAAAACCAAAGCAACCAAACAAAUCUGUCAUCGUGAAGAGCAUUGAGAGGAACGCUCCGAACAUGUACAGAGCCAGACAGAUCCUCUUGGGUCAAGAGUGUGAAAGUUGUGCUGUCAACGCCAAUCCCUCCCGUGGCAUGAAUGGAACAUGCCUGCCUGUACAUGGAUAUAAUGUGGGCACUGUUGGUCUUCUGGGUCACCCCCACCACCAAGGCACCAUGCCCGGUCUUACCACGGUCCUCCCCGGUCUUAACGGACUAGCUAACCUUAAUAACCGCAAUGCACUACACCUCACCAACACGUCCACCACACCAACUCAGUGGACGUUACAGAACAUACCUACCAGUCUGGCCUCAGGUUUGACGAAUGCAACAAUGACUCCAGUACUUGUACAGCAGCCUGUGAAUCCUCUCCUGCUGACAUCCCCUAGGGGAUCCAUCAGCUUCACUGCCAAUGCUGCAUCCAAUCCUAUAGUCACCAACCCGAUGUCACCUUCAAAUCCCACCGCUGCCACCGUUCCAACCGCUGUACACACCAUCCCUAAUGUCACUCCCUUGCAGGCAACGCUGCCAACUAACCAGGUUGCUGGCAGUGUUCAAGCUGCAGCGGCCAACCCAACGAUGGGUAUGCCAACGUUACAGACUGCCCUUCCCACUAGUCCCACAGGUAUGCCAGUCCCUCAGGGCUUAGGCUCUGCCAAUCAGACAGUUCUGCAGCCUGUUCUUUCUCAAAGUAUAGUAGGAAAUCCCACCGCUGCCACCAGUAUUCAACAGACACCAUUACAGAUUAGUUCUGCUGCAUCCAUGCCGCAACCAUCGACAACCCAGACACAGGUGUUCCCUACACCUGCAUUACUACCUCAACAGACACUUCAGGCCACCAUGCAGCAGAUGCAAGGUGCCCUCAACCAAGUGCGCGUUCAACAGCAACCUCCUCACCAGAUGAACGUCAACACCAGCCUUCCACCUCCACCUCUUCCCCAGGAUUUCUUCAACAAUCUCAACAUGGCCAGUACGGCUGCUUCAUCAACGACCCAGCCACCAUUCUCCGAAGCAUCCUUGUACACGACAACGCCUCACAAGCCGCCUCCGCCCCCAGGGUUCGCCAAGCGCGAUCCAAUGACAUCACAGCUAGCUCAGCUGGAGCUCAACGAUAUCACUGCUAGAAACCAGUUCACUAGUAUGUGCAAUAAUAACAACCACAUGAAGGAUUUGAUGAUGCAGUUGAAAAGCAUGCAAAUGACACAAGUACCAAAUACAGAUACACAUUACCCGUCCAACCAUAGAAGUAGUCAACCCCUGACCCCUAGGGAUGCCAGCUCCAUUGACCUCAUCACCACGGUAACGCCCCCAUUGGGUCAGCUGGGUCAGUCCUCCGAUCGGAACCUUGAUCACAGCGGCAGCAGCAGUGGUCAUAGUAUGCCUAGAAGUCCUACAAGCUUUGUGGACUUGGUGCUGGCACAGAACAACAACUUAUCUCCAAGUAGCAGUCUGAAACUUCAAAACACAAAGUUCUCACCAAACAACAGCAGCCAUGACCUGUCCAGCAUGCUGGGCGGAGGUCGAAGGUCACUCACUCCAGACGAAUCGUCUGUCUCACUCUUCUCUAACAGCAAUGGUAGUGUCACUCUCAAUGGAUACGGUACAAGGUCUUCCGAGUCGGGAUGCGAUUCCGACAGCUCCGACAAGCGAGCUCCAGGUUGUGAGAGGAGAGAGAGGAGACGGGAGAGGGAGCUAGAGCAGGAGCAGCAGGAGAACCAGGAGGGAGGAGACCCCAAGGAGCUCCAGUCUGCUCCAUAUGGAGAGGACUAUGACCAGAAGAAGUUCCUGGCAACUAAAGCUAUGAAGAAGAAGCCAGUGGUUCCAGAGGUUCGUGUCCCUACUGAUCUAUGGAGUGGUCUAGGAUUCUCCAAAUCAAUGCCAGAGUCAGCCAUCAGAGAGGCAAGGAGGACCAAUGGCUUCUCUCUCUUCCAGAUGGAUUCUAAUCCACUCCCUACAACAUAUGAGACACCAAACCAAGAAGGCGGUGAACAUUUAGAGGCUCCUUCCUCAUCAACCACCACCUCGACCACCAGCACAUGGCCUCCUGACAGGUUGAAUGGGGAUCCUCCUCCCAUCGAUGCCCCUAAUAAUGGCUUUGACUCCACACCAGGCUAUGUCAAGAAGAAGAAAACUACAUUCAGUGACGUAAGCUGCAGUAGCUACAUUGAGAGUACAACGUUGCCCAAGUCAAGCAAGGGAUUGUGGACUGCGAAUGACCUCAACGCUUCCCUCUCAUCCCGACCUGACCUCGGUGACAUCUUCAUGAACCUUGGCCUUGGAAAAUAUACAGAUGUCUUUCAGCAGCAAGAGAUUGAUCUGUCAACAUUCCUCACACUCACCGAUAGAGACCUAAAAGAGCUUGGAAUCACAACCUUUGGAGCAAGGAGAAAGAUGUUACUCGCUAUAUCAGAUCUCAACAAAACCAAUAAGGAUUCCCUCACCACCCAGACAUCCAUUGCCAAUCAGGGUUUCCAUGGCAACACACCCAGCAACGGUUUCAUUGCAGGACAGUCCAGUCAACACCCUACGUCGUGUUGGUAGUGAGUAGAGACCAGCUGGUUAGGGUGCCAUGGUCGUCAUGACAAUCGUAGAUUCAGCAAUAACUUUGAGGCUCUCUAGCUUGGUGAGGUUCAGCAACAUAAAUUGCUCCAUCCGGUGUGACAAUCAAACCUGCUUUAGCGACAACCUGUAUAAAACGACCAUCUGUCUAUAAAGACGUUUUAUUUUUCAUCUCCCUUGAAACUUGUUCUCCUUGAAACUUUGUUCUCAUCGAAACCUGAACUAAAGGAACCUGUAUGCAAAGACCACCUGCCUACAAAGACCCCCUUUUCUCUACUUGUCUCCCUUGAGUGGUCUAUGGUUUCACUGUACAAUAUUGUUGUUUUCUUUUUCAAGUCCGAGGCUUCAUCACUUAGUGGUACAGCAGAGGUCUCAUAAACAAAAGGUUCUGGAUUUGAAGCAAAAUGGAUGUGCAUGAGUGCCUUUGGGUAAUGUGUUGUUUGUUUUACAGUUCCUGUAGGUAAUUGGUUAUUUGUUAUUCAAGAACAUGACAGUUAUUACAUUUUGGCAGAAGCAACUUUUCCAUAUAUUCAAGCAUUUAGAAGCAAGUAUUAUAUGCUUUGAAAAUUGAAAAUAUGUUUCAUAUUUUUUUAUUUUCACAUUUGUUCUCAGGUUGUUGUUUUUUGUAUUCAAGCUGAACUUUUAUCUAAGUGGGCUGAAUAUAUUAAAGGAUUGAAACAAAGUUCCAAGAGUGCCGUAUGGAUUUUCAAAGAUAUGAGACCAGCGUGUGUUUUUUUCUUCCUCAAAGUGUGCCUUACAUUUGCAAGAAUAUUAGACAAACUUAUUUCAUCAUGCUUCCAAGACAUUGGAGAGAUUGUGACCUUAAUUUUAAAACUUCUAUAUACAUGUAUUUCUGUAUAUGAGAAGUUUUAAAAAAAAGCACUUCCAAUAAAUGUUACAUCACUAUCACCUUGGUAUUUUUGUACAUUAGUUAAAGUCAUCAGGACAUUAUAGAUGAAGAAAAAGAGAAACGAUUUGUUUUAGAAAUUAUCUGCCUUGUAGUUAUUUUGAUCAGUAUACAUGCAUACAGGUUUGUGCACUGAAAAGCAGAAUAUGUAUUCUAUUUUCUUAGAAUUAUAUUAGUGAAGACAAAAAUUGUAUUCAUAUAAAUGCAUUCACCACAUUUACGUUAUACACAUUGUUCUCAAACUGAAGAUUUGGGAUGAGCUUGCUCAGAGCAAGAUCUUUUUGACGAUCAUUUUUAUUUCAUUUAUACAUUCAUAAAGACUACCUUGUAUGACAAUCAGUAUUUUGUGUUUGGGCUUGGUAUAAAUUUCAUGGGAAUUGCCAGAUAAAAACUAAAAUCCAUUUACUUUUAGUCACUGAAAUUUGUUCUAUAUUUCAAAUUGACUUCUAGCUAUCUUUUUAUGAAAAUAGAAAUGUAGAAAUGCAUCUUUUACUAAAAAAAUUACUGCUCUUUAUCUAUUUAUAAAUAGGCCUACACCUAUACACUAUACCCUCAUAUGGACUUUUUUGAAGUAUUUUUUAUUUAAUUACCUCAAUCAUUGGCAUUAGAAUUUGGAGAUUCAUUGAAAUAUACGGAAGUCGUGUUGGACAAAGAAACUUUAGUUGUGGUUGGAAGCAUAAAUUUGGACGUGACAAAUUUUAGUCAGAAUUAAAGGGAUAACUUGUGUUUUCGUGUAUUAAGCUUUACCUUUAAGAAAAAGAUUCAAUUGACUUGAAGAUGCUAUAUUGUAUUUUUCUAGCCCUCCUCCCUUUUUUUAAUUGGCUGAUUAUUGUAAUGUGUGCUGGCGUGCAUUACUUAGUCCUUCCCACUUUUUAGACAAGAACAUAUUCAACGAUGUCUUAUCACUGAUAACUUAGUAUUUAAUGCUCUAAGAUGUGCCUAUUGCAUAUAUUUAUACCACAAAGUGCUCUUUCUACAUGUAUGUUAAAGUAAUAAUUAUGAUACUUUUGUUCUUUAGAAUGAGGAAUGAGAAGUUUGUUGUAGAUAGUAAAAUGUUUGAACACUGAUCAUGAAGAAUGAAUGUACACAUAUUUGAUUAUUGCCAAUGAAUUAUUGGUAUUUAUUUUAGAUUGAAUAUUUAAGUUAUUGAUUGAUAAAUUUAAUCUAAGGUAAUUAUAAACAUUUGUGCUCUUUUGCAAGAGAAAAAAAAACUCUUUUCCCGCACAAGAAGUUAAUAAAAUUAUUGUGCUCAAUUAAUGUAAACUGAGAAUUGAUAUGGACUGAAGUACAUAUGAAGUAUUUAUAGUAUUUAUUUCACCACUAUUAUAAGAGUAUUAUCAAAGCAAUAGUCAUAAAAUUGCAUAUUAUAUGUGCGCUACAGUUUUUUUUAAUUUUCAUAUUACUGUAUGAGAAUUUCAUAAAUUUCAUCUGAGGCAUUUUUCAUAAAACUUUUUUUCAAUAACACCAACUGUUUUAAGCUACUGAAAUUGUUGCAUUUCAUUGGCUGCAGAGAGCAAAUAUUACCUAGAAUUCAAGCAUUUAUUUAAUAUUGAUAACUAUUUAUUUUGAUGAAAUUGGGCCCUAGAGUCAAAUAAUUGAAAAUGUCUGUUACAUUGUUUACAUAACCAUAGUUUUGUGGUUUCUAUUUGAAUUACUGUUAUGAUUUUGAAAUUUUGUUUCACACCUAUGCCUGUUGUCCACAUGUUUUGAGAGAAAAUGCUUUUCACAAUUAUCGUUUGAUAAAUUCUCUUCAAUGUAAGAAAGGAGAGAAAUUAAGAUAAAGAAGAUGUAUUUUUUCACAUUAUUUUAUUAGCCAAACACAGUGAGAGCACUUGUUUUCAAAGAUUUAGUUAUUCUAUUGCAAUGGUUUUGCAAGGUUAUUGAAUGUAAAUAUAAUUUAAGUGACAUUUUAUUUAUCAAAUGUUUGUGUGUGUAAUCUUUCAGUAUUUUUAUGCGAGACAUUCACAAUUUCUUCACUGAAUGAUGAUACAAACGUAAAUACAUGUAUGUACAUGUAGUAUAAAUCCAUAACAAGUGUCUAUUUUUUUAUAUUCAUGCAUUGUUUCAUAGGAAAAAGAUUUAAAUUUUAAAGCAAAAAAAAUAGAUCAAGGAAGGGCAUAAACUGAUGGGUAUCAGGCAUAGUAUAAACAUUAUGUAGGGCACUCAAAGGAAAUAUGCUUAGUAAUCAUAACUAUAUUGACAAAAGAGAUGUCUAGCGUUGUACUCCCACGUUGCACCAUCUUUUUUUCUAUUUUUUCAUGCACAAAACAUGCAAGACAGAUUAAUGCAUUGAUGUUUUGCUCAUCAAAUACUUAACAAAAUUCACCUGAAUUGCCUGUGACACACUUUUAAAAGUAUUCUUGUUUGCACAUUUCUUUUUGACAAAAAAUGGAAAAUCUAUUCAUAAAAGCAAAAGUUAUUAUCUAUUAAUGGUUGUAUGUACGUAAAGCAAAAAAAUUAGAAACACAAGUCCCCCGAAAAACAUGGUAAAGUUCAACAUCUGAUGUAUUCAUAAUUGUCUUCCAAUUUUAUAACAAUUUUAGUGCUGUGAUAUGUUCUUCUCUCACGCUUGAUAAAACAUAUAUCAAAAUGGAAAUAGUUCAAAUUUACAGAAUUUCCUUCAGAUAUGUAGUGUUAUAUAUAUUUUGUUAAGGUAAUUUAUAAGACUUAUAAAACAAGAAUUGCCAAAAAAUACCACCUCCACAUUUAAACCAUUGAGUUUGAGCACAUCGUACUUGUAUCUUGUAAGUUUGAGUUUAUUUCUUUUCAAUGUAACAACUUGUUGAUGUUAGUUAAACCAUGAUCAGUUGAGAGUUUCUGUUCAUAUAACAGUCAGUGAAGAUUGUAGAUUAGUAUUCUGUAAUGUAGAGUGACAUUGAAAAAUUUGAAGAAAAAAAAUAAUAACUUGGGUCUUGAUUAUAAAUAUGCU